GCUUUGUGCACCGAGAUUGUAUAUGUAGUUUUGUAAUUUGUACACUACCUUUGAAAGAAACAACAAGGGUAGUUUCGUCCAAACAAAAAAGUACACAAAAAUACAAAUAAUUUUCUCAUACGAACAAAACGAAACAUACUGAAAGGAGACGAAGAAACCCCCCUUCCUCUUUGUUUUUGAUCUCUGCUAUCUUGAGAGAGAAAAAAAAAACUAAGAGAGAAAGCGUUUCCUUUCAUUUCGAUCGGAUCUUUACUCCAAAUUCGAUCGAUUGCUUAAUUUUUAAGAAAAACUCUCACAAACCCUGAUUAAAACCUAUUGAUUCUUUUUGUGAUCGUUUGAGUUAACUGGGUUAUAUACCGAGUGAUAUCAAAUCGAAUCUAAAACCCUAAUUUUCGCAUAAUUUUGAUGGCAAUGACGGCUACCAACACUCCAUCGCCUCCUUCUUCCACCCCUUUGACUCGGACCGAGUCACCUCCGUGGACUCAGAUCGUCCGAGGACCCGAACCUGAACCCGAACCAGGUUUGGUCGGAGCUCCGAUUGAGGGUGGUGAGAAAAUCAAUUCUCCAGCGCCGGAAAACUCUGACGAUGGUGGCAAUGUAGGUGGAAGUAAAAAGCCUGCGUGGAACAAAAAGCCUUCCCAUGGGCCGGCAGAGAAUAGUGGGCCUGGGUUAGUUGUAAUGGGCCCGGCGGAAGCGUGGCCCGCUCUUUGUGAGUCUACCAAAGCUUCUCCUAAGCUUUCUUCUUCUGAUUCUCCCAACAAUCUCCCUGAAUUUGGAUCUGUUUCAUCGCCUAAGGUUACUGGAACUGAACCAUCAUCAUUGUCAUUAGCUUCAUCGGUACAACCACAAUUGCAAUCUUCAACUUCUCAGAAGUCUACAACUGGUUAUAUGAAUCAUAAUUCGAUGCCUAACUAUGGAAGGACUACACGUCAAAAAUCCAUGAAACGUGAUGGUGGGAGCAACCCACAGGCUAAUGGUGGCUUUUCUCACCAGCCUUCAUCACCUGCAGAAGGAUCACUUAAUCUUAGUUCCUCAAAACCUUGUGCUGAUGAAGGUUCAGACAGUUCUGGUAGGGACAACAUUCAAAACCAUGGUCUUAGGGAGUCAGGUUCGCGGAAUGUGAGUGGGGAUCAUCCUUCACCGCGUAAUACAUUUAGGAGAGGUGGUGGAGGAUCACAUCAGAAUUUUAGGGGAAGGCGUGGCGACCAGGAUCGUGGAAAUCAUGUUUGGAACCAUUCGAGGAGUUUUAAUGGUAGAGAUGCUAAUAUGCAACCAAGAGUUUCUCCUAGGAGUAAUGUCAGACCCCCUCCUGCAUCUUCUCCCUUCGGUCAUCCUGCACCUAUGCGGCCAUUUAUACACCCCAUGGUGGCCGUUUCAGAGUUUCCUGUGUUUUAUCUCCCACCUUUUGGUGCACCUGCUCCAGGGCAUGUCUUUAUUCCUUCUCCAGAUGCUCACUUGAAUGCGAAGAUAGUGAAUCAGAUAGAUUAUUACUUUAGUAAUGAAAACUUAAUCAGAGACACAUACCUGCGUCAAAAUAUGGAUGAACAUGGUUGGGUUCCUGUUGCACUAAUUGCAAAGUUUAGAAAAGUUCAAGAAUUGACAGAGAACAUUCAGCAAAUAUUGGAUGCUGUAAGGUCUUCUACUGUUGUCGAAGCACAGGGUGAAAAAAUAAGGAAACGUGAGGAUUGGGUUAGAUGGAUCAUGCCACCUUCUGUUCAGAUUCCAAUUGCAACUGGUUCUCAAUCUCCCAAGUCACCCACUAUUGAUGCGCUGUCAAGUCAUAUAGAAAAUCUCAAAAUGGAUGAGAAGACUAUUGAACAGAAUCAUCCAAAGGAUGUGGCAAGUUCGAGUGGGCGUUGAUAAUCUAGAUCCAAAUUCUUUUUUGUUUGAGGAUCAUGUUGUCGUAUCUUAUCAUACGAACAAUGAGGAAAGCCAGCAUAGAACAGGGAAUGACCUUGGUGAGUAUAAUUUGUUUAACCAUGGCCUUGCAGAAUGAAACACCAUAUAUCACAAAAUAGAUAUAAAAAAUUACAAACUGCUCUCUCCCUCUAAUUUUUUUUUAAAAAAAAAAUCAAAAAAAAUAAAAUCAAAAAAACCUAAAAAUGAGAUACAACUGAAAAAAGAUUGCGGAAGGAUUCGAAAAAGUUUUGUUUUCUAUGUUUCUUUUUUAUAAUCUUGACCUUGUGGCAGGAUUUUUGGAAUUUUAGUCUUUUGUUUUUUGGGUCCUACUGAUUAUGGUGGAAUCAGUUUUUCGUCUUCGGUGUUAAUUCUGGUGCCUCGAAUUUUGUUUGGGGAGUUUUGCUUACAUGUCCCUGUGAUGUCCCUCAGCGUCAUUUUAUAUUAACUUUGGGGCUACUGAGAAGUGAACUGCUGAACAGUCAUCCGAUUCCCAAGUCUUGUAAAUUGUCGUGGGUGAUGAAGGUGGAGUUUGUUCAAAGCUAUCGGUCAUGCUUCACUCUUGACCGCUUUAAUUCUACUUAUUUUGUAAGUGUCUUAUUGCCAAUAUGUACUGCUGUCGUACUUAGCUUUAUACUGUGCAUUUUGACACAGCAAAGACAUGCACUCAUGGUGAGAAAAGUGUGGUAGGUUAGGAUUAUGGAAUGUUAUCUGACACUAGAUGAUGUUUAGUAUACCCAUGGAUGUUGGUAUCGACUUGAUUGUUUAUUUAUCAAUAAGUAGAUUAGCUGUAUGUAUGUUUGUG